AUGUUACAGGACGAAACAAACAAUCCUACAUUUGCGUUUAUUGAUAGUGAUUGGUUUGAUUCUGAUGAAGAAGAGGAGGAUCCUAUAUGUAAAACUUUUCGUCCCCUUAUUUCCCUUGAAGAAGGAAUAAAAGCACAUAAUGAAAAGAAAUAUGAAAUUGCAUGGGAAUGUUUUAAAAAUCAAUCCGAAAUUGAUAACCCGAAAGCAAAAUAUUGGAAGGCUCAUUAUCUUUAUAAUGAAAUAAAUGUAUCAAAAGAUGUAGAUGAAGCGAUUAAGUUAUAUAAAGAAGCAGCUGAUGAAGAUGUUACCGAAGCUUCAUUUCAAUAUGCAAUGUGUAUUUUACAUCAUCAUGGAAACAAUUUUAAUAGGCAGGAUUAUGAAAGAUAUUUAAGGAAAGCUGCUGAUCGUAAACAUAUCAACGCACAAUUUCAUUUAGCUGAAUUUUAUAUUCAUGGUAAUUUUGGAAUUGAAAAAAAUUUAGAAGAAGGAACUUAA